GGAGGGGAAGCGGGAGGGUGUCCAUUCCUUCUCGACUAUUGAUUGGGAACCAACACGUGUUGCGUCUUGAGCAUAUGUUCCUCGCGCGUGCUCUGCGUGUGUGUGUGUUGGUGAUGAUGAUGGAGGAGAGGGCGAAAAGUCAAGGACGUUUUUACCGAGGCAUGCGCGAGCGACGAAGCAUCUAUACGUUCUCUCCGUUCCUCGCUGACACUCUUCUCGCCACAUCUCGUGGUCGGCGCGAGAAGACACCGCGCAGCAGCAGCAUCACCUCAAAGGGCAGACGACUCGCCAAUCUUGUUCUCGACGCAAGCGAGGUUGGGAGGCUGAGCAAGCGAGUUGUCCCCCACCCUGUCUUGUACAGUAGCCUGCCAUCUACACUCGUAUCAUCUGUGAAGUCUGUGUAGCUACAUGCAGCAUCUGUCUGUGUAGAAGCGGAGCGCAGUGCAGGCAGAAAACAAGGGCGACUUGGGAGGCUGAGGCAUUUCCUGUUCGAGAUCCUCUCCUCCCUCCACCACAACUCUCCACCACCUCUCCCUGUGCAGUCAAAGCGGUUGGCUGUGUUUGUUUCCCCACUGGUGUGGUGAUGGUGAUGGUGAUGUUUGCCUCCGUACCAGCAGCAAGUGUCGAAUGUGCGCCUUAGGUGAUGAGUGAUGCGGCGACCAGACGCGACCUUCGUCCUUCAACUCUAGCAGUCAAGGUGGAACUUUCGCGGAGUGUGUAACGGCCAUCGGUGACGUGGAGAGUGGAGGAACCCAACCGACUUUACCUGGAGCCAGAACUGCUUUUUGUCUGCCUGCAGCUGCAUCGUCCAGCGAGCUGACCCGAGAGUCUCGCCAGUCAACAUGAGUGCCCGGAUGACCGACCUGUCUGUCCCGUCUAAUCACGUGACUUUGUACGUGAAGGCUGGGUGGGAUGGCAUCAGCUACGGGCGCCCCUUCUGCCAGCGCUUCUACAUGGUCCUGGACCUCAAAGCCAAGCAGGGUAGCCUGACCUACGACGUCAUCACCGUCAACAUGGCGCGGCCGCCGGAGGAGUUCAAGAAGUUCGCCAGCAAGCUGCCGGUGCUGAAACACGGUGACGAGGUGGUCAUCGACGGCGAUGAAAUCAUGCAGUACAUAGACGACAACUUUCCCGUGCCGGACCUGCGCUACCACAAUCCCGAGGCCCACGCCGCCUGCCUGGACGUCUUCUCCAAGUUCUCCUUCUACAUCAAGAACGUCAGCCACACGGCCGACUACCUGCUGAAGGAGCUCAUCACCUUCGACCGUUACCUGGAGGGUUCCGGCACCCGCUACCUGUGUGGCAAUCACCUGACACACCUGGACUGCCUCAUGCUGCCCAAGCUGCAGCAAAUCCGGGUGGCGUCCAAGGCAUUCAAGGAUUUCGAGAUCCCGCCGCGUCUGGCGGCCCUGUGGCGCUACCUGGGGGCCGCCUACGGCAACGACACCUUCCGGAAAACCUGUCCUUCCGACCAGGAGAUCGUUCACUACUGGAGCGACAAGAAGGAGACGCCACCGCUCCCAGAAGCGAAGAAGAGGUUGUACAUGAUGGAGAGUGACCCCGUCUUCACUUUCUCUGUCCCACAACUAAACGGCCAAUAGAUGACCCCUAACCUUUUGCCUGAUCUUAUUUGCUUGACCUCGCAUCUUGUGCUGGGCUUAUCAGAAGGACUGCAAGAGUUUGAUCAGCGAUCGUUAUUCGAUUGGUGAGGAAUUAGCUUUAAUGGACAAAUAAAGCACAGUCUUCCUCCUUGUUUGCUCUUCUCCUUUUGCUCCAUCUUUCUUCAUCUCAGUCUUCCUCCUAACUUUCCCCACGUAGCCCCUCCUUCUCCGAUUAUCUUUUCUUCUUGGCCUUCCACACCUUUCCAUCUCACCGUGGACCUUCACCGUGUUAAUGCAACCAUCACAGGCUUCAGAAAGUUGUGCCCUCGUCAGAGCUCUUCUCGUAUAAACAAAGAAUCCAUUAUUCAGCUUUUGUAACGGCGCUUGGUUAGUCACGUUUCCGCAGAUUUACACAGGAAGACUUCGUUUCCAAACAGAUGAUGGUCUGUGGUUUAUAUUGUUGUAUUGUUUUCAUGAUCGUAAACACCUGGUGUGUCGCUGUAGGGUGUUUAUGUUGAGCAACAGCAGAGCCUUCGAAAGCACACAAAAGAGUGAAUGACUGAAAGCGAAAGGGAUUUAAAAAAAAAAGCUGAACACACUAAAACAAAACAUUUGGUCCUUGUUUCUGAUGAACUUAAGCCUGAACAGAAACACGUUUUUUUUUUAAUGUAUUGUUUACCUCGUCCUUUUUGUUUUGUUUACAGUAAGCUGAUGUCAUGCUUUUAAAAGUAUUUUUUUAAUCUAGUCAUGAUUAUUUCAAUCUUCCUUCUCUCGUGUCUGCUGUUGUGAAUAGAAACUACUAGUGCCACUGGCAUUCUGUGUGAACCCGAGUAUUGUAAGUGUUAACAGGUGGUUGUGAUUGGAGCUGCUGCUAGCCUUAUUAUUGCUGAGUAACUCUGAGUCAACUACAGUUGAACGCGAGUGUGCUGCCCUUUGCUUUUACUAGAGCUGACUGCUGUUACUACUAUAGAGCUGUUACUACUAUAGAGCUGACUGUGUUACUACUAUAGGGCUUACUGCUGUUACUACUAUAGAGCUGACUGCUGUUACUACUAUAGAGCUGUGUUACUACUAUAGGGCUUACUGCUGUUACUACUAUAGAGCUGUUACUACUAUAGAGCUGACUGCUGUUACUACUAUAGAGCUGACUGCUUGUGUUGUUACGAUUUCUAUCAGUUUUUUGUUUAUAACGAUCAUUUUUGUGUUGUUAUUGCUGAGUGCUGCUGUUGCUACUAUAGGGCUGACUCAGGUUGCUACUAUAGAGCUGACUGCUGUUACUACUAUAGAGCUGACUGCUGUUACUACUAUAGAGCUGACUGCUGUUACUACUAUAGGGCUGUGCUGUUACUACUAUAGAGCUGACUGCUGUUACUACUAUAGAGCUGACUGCUGUUACUACUAUAGAGCUGACUGCUGUUACUACUAUAGAGCUGACUGCUGUUACUACUAUAGAGCUGACUGCUGUUACUACUAUAGAGCUGACUGCUGUUACUACUAUAGAGCUGACUGCUAGUGCUGUUAGUGCCGACUUGUUUAUCACAUUUGUUUGUUGUUUAUAACGAUCAUUUUCGUGUUGUUAUUGCUGAGUUCUGCUGUUGCUGCUACUAGAGCUGACUGCUAGUCGUUAGGGCCGAUUUGUAUCAGAUAUUUAUUUGUUUGUUUGCAAUGACAAAUUGUCUGUGUUGUCAGGGUUGACUGCUGGCGACUUUGGUGCCCAUGGGUAUCCAAGUUUUUGUACUGAGUUUAAUUUUUGUUUGUGAUGACUGCAGAUGUUGACCGUUAGUGUCGCUAGUGCUGUGUACAUCACUGUUAGCGUUGACUGCUGUUAGUACAAGUGUACAUGUACCCAUUGUUAGCACAGAAUCCGGCCUUUGACUGCUAGUGGCAGCGAUUUCUGUCAGAACAGUUGACCGCUGAUGUUGUGAAAUGUCGGGACACACUGCCUCGCGCUUUAAAAAAAAACUGUAGACAAGCAGUUUCACUGAGUGAUGCCAUUACUCUACAGUCACAUGCUCUCUAGCCGCAUGUUGUCAGCAGCACACCACCAGUAGGUGCGACCAUUGCGUGUAUGACAGCGAUCAGCAGACGAGUGCUUAUUGGCACGAUGGAGGGAACGAGUAGUUUGAGGCUCCCUGUGGGAGAUAAAAUAGAAUUAUGAUGUCUGCGUCAGUUAUCGCUUGUUGCAUCGAAAAGCUAUCACGGUUAAUUAAACGCAGCUUUCCGAGCAGGUUCCAGACUGUAACCGACAAGGACAGCCAGGCAGGUAGACAUCCUGAAGGAAAGAUAGAAAGAUAGACAAACCAAAGCAGAGAGAUGUAUGAAGACAGUAAAAAAUUGGGGUAGAGAGACGGACAAAGAGAGAAGGAAUAAUCGGUGGGGGAGAAGGAGGGGUAGAGAAGCUCGGUUUCAGCUGUAGAUAAAUGUAUGAGGAGGUUAUUUUAUUUAUUUAUAUUUUAUUUAUUUUUUGCCAUGGGAAAUACGGAAAACCCAAGGUCCCAUGACGAUAAACAAGAGCAGAUUUAAUGAGACCUGUUUGCCUGCGUCCAUCAAAUUUCAUGUUUUCUGUUCACUGUUUACAAUGGAGGUCCGUGACUGUUUGUGACCUAACAUAAGUGGCUAGUCGUGACCAAACACAGGCGUCACUCAUUUGCCGUGACGUGUCCGCUGCUGUGAACCAGGGUACGCAUAUUAAUAUAAGAAAUGAAAGACAGAAAGGGCAGUGGGAUGAGUUGGAGCACCAGGCUCGUGGCUAGUACUGCGAUUCGCCUCGACCUGUCCUUCCUUAAUCACACACAUAUAUUAUCCAAUCGUUUUUUUUUUUUCUUCUUUUCCUGUUUAUUUUCUUUUGUACCGUUUCUUCCACCUGUCCUCGCUACAAUCCAGGUCGUUCUUUCGCCCUCGUCCUUCAUCAUCUGUAUCAGCUCUUGAAGGAGCUGUGUAGAUUGGCGCGUCCUCGAUGACUCUCAAGUAGCUGACAAGGGCGAUGGUUCUUUUGCGAUACCCUGCUUCCGCACUGGCAUCCACCCCGACAUCCUCGGUAUCCCAUUAAUGUGCAAGAUCGCCUACAUGCGAGUUCCGGGGGGUUGUCAUGACAGUAAGACAGACCCCCACACGCUCACCCCGACUUUUCCACAUUCACUGGUUUGUAUAUUAAAGAUACCCGAGAUUGGCAGUCCUCCUCUCAUCACCCACCCACCCGAUGAUGCACUUUUGCUGUGCACGAGAGAGCGAGCAGGAGGAGUCCCGCCAUCUUGCAGGUGACGCACGCGGCGGGGUCAGGACCGGGACGGAGUCGGAGCGUGCGCCGUGCAUCACACGUGCAGGUGACGUGCAGCACGUAGGCGGCCGAUGCGCAGGCUUGCCGCGGGUCUUACACACGCGCUUGUGCGUCACUUCCGCCCCGGAGAAAUCAGGCGGCCUCAGAAUGUUUCUCCAGGUCCCGUUCUCUCCCUCCGCGAGCUGACCUGAUAAAUGCUUUCGUCUGCAGGCUGUGCACAACAUGUUUGUGACGCACACUGUGCAUAACAUGCAUGUGUGACGCACACUGUGGUGUCACAGGAAAUUCACUCACUACCAUGCUCUCACUCACCUCGCCUUUUCCAUCAUUCCUUUCCCUCCACCACUCUUUUCCUGCCAACGUCGUUAAGAAAUCUUUGUGGCCAGCACACACCCCGAGCAAAGCAAAACUCGUAUUUGUCACCGAUGUAUAUCAUGUAAACUCGAAACUGGAAAAAGGAGAAACUCUUAUCGUUUGCAUCCUAUAUAUAUUUCUAGUCAGUACAUCCUUUAAAAGUUUCUAUAACUGUUUCCUGUUGGUUUAUCUUAAAAGAAAUGUAAUUUACACCGAUCACAUUUUUUUUUUAGUCAGAACUUCAUAAUGAUUGUAUCCUGACUUUUUAUGUAUUCUGGGUUAGAACCAAUAAAAUGAAAUGUAAUGAUAAUAUAUUUCGUCUAAGACAAAUGAAAUUUUUUUAUUAACUAGCAUCUUGCUGUCAUGCGUCUUUGUUGACUUCAAACCUCAAAUGUAGUAAUACACUAUAUCCUGUGUGUACAAUGAUAGUAACUGGAGAUAUUUUUUUUAAAUAUUUGUUUCAUGUUUUUGGCAUAGUUAUAUUUCGCUUGUGCAGACUAUUUAUUUUGUCAUCUGUUAAUUGAUGAUGUGGUAAAGAGAUUGCAGAUGAGUGAUGCAGACGGCGGAAAACGACAAUAAGAUGAAGUCACGUGCGGUGUAGCACGCUCUCCCCAGGAUACCUUCGUCACGUGAUGUGUCAGCUGCUGUCAUAACGAAUUACUCAUCUCGCUUUGGAAACAUGUUCAUGUCUUCCACGUGUAUUUAUGAUUGGCCUGUUCACAGAAUCCUAUAGGAUGAAUAAAAGUGUUACUCUGACCAAGA